UAUAAGUAACUAAAACCUGUGUGUCUUCAUAGGUGUCAUGGAGAAGUUGGGUCUGGGCCCUGAAGAUUUAUUUAGCCAGAAUCCAAAGCUUAUCUAUGCCAGGUUGACUGGGUUUGGACAAAGUGGACUAUAUUCCCGAAAUGCUGGGCAUGAUAUCAACUACAUUGCAGUAUCAGGUCUUCUGUCAAAAUUUGGCAGGAAAGGUGAGAAACCUUAUGCACCACUAAAUGUUAUCGCUGACUUUGCUGGAGGUGGCAUUAUGUGUGCCAUGGGUAUAAUGCUAGCCCUGUAUGAGAGAAUACGAUCUGGAAAAGGACAGCUCAUCGAUGCAAGCAUGAUCGAAGGAGCAGCUUACUGUGGCUCUUGGUUUUGGAAAUCACAGCAGUUGGGCAUUUGGGAUCAGCAAAGAGGUGAAAACCUACUGGACACUGGAGCACCAUUCUAUGAAACCUACAAGACAUCGGAUGGAAAGUACAUGGCUGUGGGUGCAUUGGAGCCUCAGUUUUAUGAGCAACUGAUAGAAGGUCUUGGCUUGGAUUCCACCAAACUCCCCCCUCAGAACAGCCAAUCUGACUGGCCUGAGUUAAAAAGAAUUUUUACAGAAGCAUUUGCUGCAAAGAGCCAAGAACACUGGACCAAGAUCUUUGAUGGAACUGAUGCUUGUGUUACUCCUGUUUUGUCUUUCCAAGAAGCUUUCAGUCAUCCACACAAUCGAGAAAGGGGAUCUUUUAUUACUGCUCAGGAUGGACAAGUCAGCCCGAGACCAGCUCCGGUCCUGUCCCGGACCCCAGCCAUUGUCAGCUUGGAAAGGGAUCCACGAGUGGGAGAGCACACACAACUUGUGUUGGCCGAGCAUGGUUUCACAAAAGAGCAGAUAAAUAAACUCGAGUCUGCUGGUGUUAUUGAAUGCAAUAGAUCAAAAUCUAAUUUGUAACAGAAACUAUUAUGUUUUAUUUCACAAUAUUAUAAUAAUCAAAUUUUGUGCCUGAGUGGUAUUUGAAUUAUUUCAUUUUCAAAAAAAUGAAUUUUAUUUUUCUCAUUAAAUUUUAAAAAUUGAAUCAAUUGCUAUCAAACAUAAGCAUUUACACAAAACAAAUUAAUUUUUUACAUUUUCAAUAAGUAUUGAAAUUAAACGAACAUGAGACUCA